AUGGCGGAGAAAAGCUUCAAAUACGUCAUCCUCGGCGGCGGAGUCUCGGCCGGAUACGCAGCUCAGGAGUUUGCCAGUCAAGGGGUUAAACCAGGAGAAUUGGCAGUUAUCUCCAAAGAGGCGGUGGCUCCAUAUGAACGCCCUGCACUUAGCAAGGGGUAUUUGUUUCCUGAAGGGGCUGCUAGACUUCCAGGUUUCCAUUGCUGUGUUGGUGGUGGUGGAGAAAAACUGCUUCCUGAAUCUUACAAACAGAAAGGGAUUGAGUUGAUACUAAGCACAGAAAUAGUGAAAGCUGAUCUUGCUGCCAAGAGUCUUGUCAGUGCAGCUGGGGAGGUCUUCAAGUAUCAAACUCUCAUAAUUGCAACUGGUUCUACUGUUCUCAGAUUGACUGAUUUUGGAGUGAAAGGUGCAGACUCUAAGAAUAUCCUCUACCUGAGAGAGAUUGAUGAUGCCGACAUAUUGGUUGAAGCAAUUAAAGCAAAGAAAGGCGGAAAGGCUGUAGUUGUUGGUGGAGGUUACAUAGGUCUUGAGCUUAGUGCAGCUUUGAGGAUCAACAAUUUUGAUGUCACUAUGGUUUUCCCUGAACCUUGGUGCAUGCCUAGGCUUUUCACUGCCGAUAUUGCUGCUUUCUAUGAGACUUACUAUACAAACAAGGGAGUCAAGAUCAUUAAAGGAACAGUGGCUGCUGGUUUCACCGCUCAUUCGAAUGGAGAGGUGAAGGAAGUACAGCUCAAGGAUGGAAGAUCAUUGGAAGCUGACAUUGUGAUAGUUGGGGUUGGUGCAAAGCCAUUGACAUCUUUAUUCAAGGGACAGGUCGAGGAAGACAAAGGUGGAUUUAAGACUGACGCAUUCUUCAAAACAAGUGUUGCUGAUGUUUACGCUGUUGGUGAUGUUGCCACUUUCCCUUUGAAAAUGUACGGAGACGUGAGAAGAGUGGAGCAUGUUGACCAUUCUCGCAAAUCCGCAGGGCAAGCUGUGAAGGCGAUCAAAGCGGCUGAAGGAGGCAAAACGGUGGAGGAAUACGACUAUCUCCCAUUCUUCUACUCGCGUUCCUUUGAUCUGUCAUGGCAGUUCUACGGAGACAACGUAGGAGACUCUGUGUUAUUUGGAGACAGCAAUCCAUCAAACCCAAAACCAAAAUUUGGAGCAUACUGGAUUCAAGAUGGUAAAGUGGUUGGAGCAUUCAUGGAAGGAGGUAGUGGUGAUGAGAACAAGGCCUUGGCUACAGUUGCCAAAGCUCGACCUGUUGCAGGGAGCCUCGACGAUCUGAUCAAGCAAGGCAUUUCAUUCGCCGCUAAGAUUUGA